AUGCCCUCCAUGAAGUCUUAUUUCAACCCGCUGUCGAUCGUACCUGACACAGGUCGUCAUCGGCUCCCAAUGCCACUAAUGACCUCCUCAACCUACACAGACGAGUUUCGAUCCCUAGCUGACGCCGGGAAGGCGGAGUUUAUAGAUGGACGGUUGCUGCAAGGCCAGCAACAGGGUUUCCACUCCUUGAUCGCCGGCAGCGAACGUGGAACAGCGCGGUUUCCACCCAAUGAUUUGACCAGAAAUAUUCCCAAAUCUUAUAACCGGCUCAAAACUAUCCAGCGUCGAGCUGACGAUAAGACCAAAAGAAUCCAAAAAUUGGAGAAGCGUAUAGCUUUACUAGAGCUAAAGCUGGGAAUAUCGUACCAAUCGCAUAUCAGGAGACAGACCCAUGGCCCAGCAUUCUCUCUGUCUCCAUAUGAGAAUGAGAGCCAAUCUAUCCGGCUUCCGGCCAUUCGUGAAGCCGCGCCAAACAGAGCCGAUCUGCCCAUGAGGAAAGCUCCGAACAAGCACCAGUCUAGAAGCUGUAUUGAGGGGCGGCGCAGUAAGAUGCUAAGCUUGUCGGAUAUGUGCACACCACCUGAUGAAUUUCACGCUGCGAAAACUCGAAAAGAGACUCGGGUCAAAAAGGAAGACAUUUGCAAGCCGGCGAAGACUUGUGUGGAGGACACUGGAAGCACACGAGAUCACCCGAUUGUAGUCGAGUAA